AUGACCGCUACGCAGUACAAGCAUCUGGUCGUCUUCCCAACGUACUUCUGGGGCCACUCUCGCCCUAUGUGCACGCUGGUCGCGCGGAUAGUGAAGCUGCGCCCGGUCCAUAUCACGUUCCUCACCCUACCGAGCCUCCACGGUCGUGUGCAGGGGGAAGUCGCGCGGGACUUCCAGCCGGGAGAGGAGCACCUCGCAAGCAGGAUCAGAAUCAUUGCGAUAGAAGAAAACGUCGCCCCCAACCAGAUGAGCGGCGCGCCGGGGGCAUUCAAGGCGGCUUGGAGCCAGCUUUGUAACGUCCAGACGCUUAUCUGCGCGAAGACGGGAGCCAGCUUCGAGGCGCUUCCUGUCCGCCCGAGCGCGGCUCUUAUAGACUUUUUUGCAGUAGAGGCUUUCGACGUUGUGCGCGAAGUGAGCGGGGAGGGGAUGAAGCGGUACACCUGGUGGGCAGCGUCGACCAAUUCCUUCUGGCUCGUCACCGGGAAAGACAAGGCUGCUGCGGCCCAGGCGGAAGCUGCACGCACGGGGAAGUCGGUAAAGGAAGCUGACUUGGAUAUGUUCUUCACUCUGAAUGGAAGACUGGUCAACAGCCCGUGCACACCGACGAUGCAUGACUACGAGAGGCAUCCCCAGCAGGUCAUACUCCCCAAAGAGGAGUUCGGCGAUAUAUUGUUCAGAAUAGGCCGGAAUGCACACACCACCGACGGGAUAGUCACCAUCGAUGCCGCGGAAUACCAACCCGAGGCCACCAAUGCCAUUCGUGCAUUUUACGCGGAGAGGGGCUCCGGGGAGGUCUUCUAUGCAGGCCCUCUCCUGCCUUCCGGCUCGCAGGCCGUCUCGAACGAGAAGGUACUUGCACAAAAUGGAACCGGGAUCAUGAACUUCUUGGACGAGAAACUCAAGUCUGUGGGCGAACGGUCCGUUCUUUAUCUCUCAUUCGGCUCGCUCUUUUGGCCAGCUGACCCCGCCAAGAUUUGGGCUGUGGUCGACGUUCUAAUCGAGAAGAACGUCCCGUUCAUCAUGAGCCACGGCUCGUCGAUGGCAAGUCCCAUCCCCGAUGAUGUCAAGGCCAGGAUCGAGGCCUACGGCAACGCGAUCGUCUCCGACUGGGUUCCUCAACAAGCCCUCCUGGGCCACCUUGCGAUAGGGUGGUACCUCACGCACGGUGGACACAACGGUAACAUGGAGUCUAUCACCUCUGGUGUUCCAAUGAUCGUGUGGCCGAUCGACGCAGACCAGCCGCUCAACGCCAUCCACCUCACGGAAGGGCUCAACGUUGCAUAUGAGCUCAUAGAGGUGCGCAACGGCUGCGGCUUGGGCAAGAUCUACCGUAACGGGCGCACGCCCGUGGGCACCAUCGACGCCGUCAAGGAGGAGAUGCGCGGUGUCCUUGAUCAGGCGUUCGGUGCGGAUGGCGCUGAGAAGCGCGUCCGGCUGCAGGGGCUGAGGACAAAGCUGCAGGCGGCGUGGAACGAGGACGGCAUCGCGCGGCGCGAAGUUGGUGCGUUCUUGGAUGAAUUUUAGCAGACUAAUAGCGUUUUCGGCGUACAUAGAGUAGACGUUCCAGGUUAUAUCUAGAAUAUCG